GUCAAUCGUGGGUUCCCAUGCUCUCUCGUGUGCCCAUGUGUCUUAUCUGGAGGCUUCUAGGUGACACUUCUUUCCUCCUCACAUCCUCUCUCUCCAUCCUGACUCACGCUCCCUCCCCAAGCAUCCGUGCCCACCCACGGCUCUGGCGACAGUGGCCACCGUUUUGGACUCUGGAUCCGGCCGCCAUCGCUGCAACGGUCUAGGUAAGCGGCUAAUCUGCUCCGUUGUGCCCUGCUCUGCUCCUAGUCCUAGCGACGCAAGGGUUUUGGUUCAGUUUUUUUCCCUAGGGAAAAGCGAAGUGCAUGAAAUACAAAGAUUUGCUUUGGGAUUUUUUGGGGGCACUGCUAGUGUGUGUCAUGGCAUUGGAACGGAGCAAAAAGUGAGGGUUUGGUUUGGUAUUUUUGGAGCACUCCUGACUUAGUGUAUGUGUCGUGGUAUUUUAUUUCAAGAUCAAUCUAUUUGGUCCCCUAUUUUCUCAUGUCGGCUAAACAUUUUCCCAUUCUUGAUUUACAACAUUAUUUCAGUGCAGUUUUAUUAACUCCUUUUUUUCCUUUAGCAUGUCUUCAUUUAGUUUCUUAUUAUGCCCAUCCUUUUAUUUUUGACUAUGAAGCAGGCUUUCUGGAAUCACAUUUCUUGAGAACUAUCUGUUGGAGAGCUAAACUAGGCUCUUGUUCAUAUUAUGGAUCAGCAAGCUAAGAUUGAUGCUGAUUUUUUUUGAACCAACUGUACUCUUAGAUGAGACACAUUACCAGGAGGGGUACAGAAAUGGCUAUAAUGAUGGUUUGGCAUCUGGAAAUGAAGAGGGGAGGCAGGUUGGUUUAAAGAUGGGUUUCCAGGUCGGUGAAGAACUGGGUUUCUUUCAGGGCUGUCUGGAUGUGUGGACGUCUGCAAUUCUCAUUGAUCAGAAUGCCUUCACAGCUCGGGUCAUGAAGAAUAUCGAGCAACUGGCUGCAUUGGUGGGCAGCUAUCCGCUGUCCGAUCCGGAGAAUGAACAAAUUCAAGACGUGAUGGAGAAGAUAAGGCUGAAAUUCAGGGUCAUCACUGCAAGCUUAGGGGUGAAGUUAGAGUAUGAAGGGCACCCCAAAUCAUCUAAACAGGAUGUUGAGGAUCUGUGAGCGGUGAUUGAAAUUACAUUUUAGUUUCUCCGCCCUUGCUGUUUAAAGCUCUUCAACUUAUUGGCAUCAUGAGGAACUGCCGUGAGACAUCAAUGGUCAGAGUCCGACCAUAACCACAUAUAUAGUUUUAACAAUGUCUCAAGUUUUGUGUUAUUACCUGUUGUCUGUUGUCUGUCAUAUGUAAUAGUUUCCUUUCAGAAGGCAAAAGCACUUCCUUCCUAUUUUCUU